UUUUCCCUGAAGUGUAACAGUUUUAAAUUUUCAGUAUCCUAUCAAAUUGUCAGAUCGGUAUUAAAUAUAUUUCUGGAGGAUUAGGUCUUACAUUAUCAUUUUAAUCCUAAAUAAGUAAUUGUUUACGAAAAUCAUCAGGCUAGUUCAUCAGAACUCUGAAAGCUCAUCACCUGUAAUAUGGAUAAUUUGGAAACUAGUUUGAUUUCAGAAAUUGAGGAAUCUUUUUACGAUGUAAAGGAUGAAAAUAAUCUGGCAAGUCCUGACAUAUUAAUUGAACGGUUAAUUCCAUUUAAGAAUGACACUUCAGAGUUCAGGGAGGUAAAAAAGUUGAUUAUGGAUUCCAUUGAUCCGUUGGGAAAAAAUGAAAAAAUGUCAAAGGAAGAUUUUUGCAAGCAAUUAUCAGAAUUCAUAUACUCAUCAAAUGGCAUGGCUCAUACGGUUACACAUCAACUAGUCACCAGUAUCACAGGAAAUGAUGAAAAACAAAAUGUGUCAAGCAUUCCUUACAAUUCUUUGUCAUCUUUGGAAAAUAAAUCUAACUUGUGGAGAGUGCUUGGGGAUUGUUUAACAAGAAGUGAAUCAUAUGUCACUGAAUAUGAAUCACAAAUUCAGCAACUUGAAAGGCAGUGUAAAAUUUCUGAAAAGAAAAAUUGUGAAUUAUCUGAGAGAUUGAAACAUUCUCUAGAAGAAGUUCAAGAACAUUAUCAACAAAAUUUUCAACUAAAUGAAGCACUGAAAAAUCUAAAGGAAAAAUUCAAUGAAGAAAAAAGGCAGUUUAAAUAUGAACGUCAACUUCUGUACGAAGAAUCGAAGGAACUGGUCAAACAGAAUGAGGAAUUAUCUCUUGCUAUGGCAAACAAAACCAAACAACUAAAUGCCCAGACAAAAAUAAAUGAAAAUUUAGUGGCCCGACUUGAUAAUUUAGAAACACUGUUUUUGCGAUCCCAGGAAGAACACGAAUUGUUAGAACAAGCCUUGUUUGUAGAAGAUAAGUCUAACGUGGAAAUCAAAACACUAAAGGAAAAAGUUAAAGAGCUUAGCUCAGUUAUUAAUAACAUGAAACAUGUGCAUGAUUUACAAAUGGGGGGUAUGUAUGGAGUAAAUUUGAAGCAAGAAUUGUUGGAAGUAUCUUAUGACGAUGAAGGAAAAUGCCAAAUCAAAACAAACAGAAGUCAUAAGAUUGGAAGAAGUUCGGAUGGUACAUCAACUUCCACCCAGACUGAUUUAAUGACAGUAUUUAAUAAAAAGAACUGUGGGAUUACUUGCCUUCUAAAAUUGUUCGGUUUUAUACUCACGUUUGUUGUAGCAUCAUUGUACUUUUUGAAGCAGUUCAUCCCAGCAUCGAUUUUAAGAGAAAUAGGUAAUUUUCCUAUGGUCAAAUUUGUCUACUGUGGAAUACCACCAACAUGAGCACUUCUAACAAAUUUGACAAUGUUAAAAACUCUCAUCUCAUGGUAAUGAGAUAAAAUUUGCUUAUAAAAAAUUGUACACUUUUAUAUUAAUUUAUUUUGUUAAA